CGUCCUUUACUCGUGGCUCUUGUGUGUCCUGAGGCUGGUUGGCUAAAAAAGGACUCCAGCUUCACGGGAGAUCUUAAAGUUGUGUUGGCAGUUUAACAAGUCAUGAUUAAGCAUGUGGUGAUUGACGUGUGAUUGACAUGUCAGCAGCAGUUUCCUUUAUCUGUUGUCACAUCUCUAAUCUCCUCAAUCGAAAAAGAGAAGAAAGCACAUUGUCAAAGGUCACAAUUCACAAAGUCCUUUCAAGCAUGACCCAUUUUAAUAAAUACAAUCAUGAAACCAUAAAAACAAUGACAGCAAUGUUCUGAACGCACACCAUCGUUGUUGAUGUCAUUGAUUUUAUGGUUGCGUAAUACAAAGGCCACUUUAAAUCGCUGAAUCUUCUUGCGCAGCCGCACCUCUCAACACAAGUGGGGAAAGACCCUGAAGCAGACAGUUUUCCCAUCAGUCCCGGUUCUCACCUCUGACCUUUGAACUCUACUGCUGAUGUCUUUAGAGCAAAGGAGCACAUUGAAUCUCCGACAAAUAUCUCGAAGAAGGGAAGAGAAUACCACCUUUUCAUAAAAUAAUGUCAAAAUAAUGUGAACAUGCAAUGAUGACAAAUAUUUUACUUACUGAAAAUCUUUAAUGCCAAAAUGAAGAUGAUCUUUUAAACUAAAGAGGUGGGCAGGUCACAGAUUAUGGCGUUUCACUUUUAACAUAAAAAAAGUAGAUUAAGCGGCGUACGAGUAAUUAUGCUUAAAGUUAAAGGAAGAAAAAGAUUUGUCAGUUUAAUACAAGGCCACAGCCUGCAGCCUGCUCAAGGUACUCUUGAAAGGCUCACUCAGCAGAAAUCUUGCCGUUGUUGGAGCGGUUUCUCUUUUCAGUUUCUUUUUUGUUUUUUCAGGAAGAAGUAUUUUAUUGUAUUGCCGUUGACUUUUCUGCAUGUAUCUAUUCAUUGUUUUGUCUAUAAUAAAUGCACAGCAUACUUUCAAAUAGUGAUGAAAAUGUUUAGCAUAUUUACAAGAAAAAAAUAAUUCCGUUGGAAUAUCAGUGGAUUAUGAAAAUAGUUUAUGAUUUCUUGUUAUUUAACUUCGCUAAUUCGCUCCAAAUGUUCUCCUCUAUUUCUUUGGGAUCGAUCCAAAGCUAGAUUCUAUUCUUAGAAAUGACUUUUUUUGUAAUAAUUUAAAUGAGAAAUCCCUCUCACUAUAGUACAAUUGACUGUCAGUUUAUUUCUGUAUGAUUUGUAUUGAGCAUUACAUAACUGAGAUAUGGAGGGUGAAACAUCUCUUAAAUGCCUCAGUGAGGAUGCUUGGGAAGGGAAAGGGUAAACGCUGUUUCACUUCCUCCUGUCACAACUACUUACAUCAAUGUAAGGUGACAGCUGGCAUGUCACGGUUCUUUCUGCGUGCAAGAUACCGGCCUGAACUGCAUGAAACAACUACGGCCAUGCUGACAAAAAUUGCUCGUAUUUUUACAAGCAGUGCACGAUUCAUCGGCCAGAGCAGAGAGAAAUGAUGAUGACUGCGGCUGAAAGUGACAUUGGUCGUCACAUGAAAACGCCACGGGUCGAUGAAGAAGAGGAGUUUUUAUCUCAUCUCUCAACCGAGCAUAAAUCUGUCUUCCAUAAGAAAAAUCUCAUAUCAGUGACUAUAAACCAGCAGAGAAUUAAAAUCAUUCACAUGGGGGUUUAUGUCCCUGCAGUUAAAAUCACACGCGCAGUAUUCUCCUUCUCCACCAGGUGGCCUCAGCACGCCGCUGCCCACGCGUCUUUGGCCUUUGUCCUGAGUCUGUUUUAUAACACGUAUCUCGAUUUAAAUUCAACCAUAACCCGCUGUGCAGAUUUCACUGGGGCAAAUUGAGAGGAAUCCCUGCGCAUUCAAAAAAAAAGAAAAGACAUGUGUGUCCUGCUCUCCGGUGCUGGACAUUAAUGCCACUUUAGCUGUAUCUGGUUGCCGAAGGGCCACAUGCUCUCAUCACUACAUCACUUUCUCUUGAAUGGGGCAACGUCCGCGCGCCGCGUCCGGUCUGAGCGCGCGCGGUCUCCAGGAUUUGGUCAGACACGGCGGAGGCGGCACGAGGACGCAGCGGGAGCGUCGGUAUUGACGUUUGAAUACUGGUGUCGUCUAAUUGUCAGCAAUGUGGAACCAAUCGAGGACAUACUGGGGCUGUUCUCUAGUUUGCUUUGUCGGACAUGGAGAUUGGGUGCCGUUUGGAUUGACUUUACGCUGCGAAGUUCUUAUUGAAGCAAUGGGACGUUUAUGAAGUCCAGCGAAUGUAUGACGAGGACCGCUGAUGACGUCAGUAGGCAGACAUAGGAUGCCUAACAUUACAGCAUUUGUGAACAAACUGGGCAGACAGAAGAGCUCAGGUCAUUACACCGAGGAAUGGAGUGACCACUUCCUCUGCGGCUCAAACGAUGUUUAAUCUAAUUCAAAAAGCCGGGGGGGAAAUGUCCUGCCCAGAGAGGGUUUCCCUCAAACACCUCACCCCUCAGUAUUCACCAGAAGAUGUACUCAUGGAGAUUGUUGGCAAGGCUGAAGCACAAGAGCCUCGUAGAUUUCAUCCACCUGGAUUUAAUGUCGCACGGCUUUUCAGCAUGACUUAAAUCAACUUGCCGCACAUGUUCAGGGAUGGAUAUCAUAAACCUUACAACUGUCACCGACACUGGGUUUUUGGACGAGGCUCCGUCGAGCCGCGUCCUGACCGGCUGUUUCCUCUCGCUGCUCAUCCUCACCACCUUGCUGGGAAACACGCUGGUUUGUGCCGCCGUCACCAAGUUUCGGCACCUGCGCUCCAAAGUGACAAACUUUUUUGUGAUCUCGCUGGCCGUGUCAGACCUCUUGGUUGCCAUCUUGGUGAUGCCGUGGAAGGCGGCGACGGAAAUCGCCGGGUUCUGGCCGUUCGGCUCCUUCUGUGACACCUGGGUGGCUUUUGACAUUAUGUGCUCCACGGCGUCCAUUUUGAACCUUUGUGUGAUAAGCUUGGACCGCUACUGGGCCAUCUCCAGCCCCUUUCGCUACGAGAGGAAGAUGACACCUAAAGUGGCCUACGUGAUGAUCAGCGUGGCGUGGACGCUGUCCGUGCUAAUUUCCUUCAUCCCGGUGCAGCUCAACUGGCACAAGGCUCAGACCAAAACGCCUCCCACCGGGUCCUCCGGCUCUUCAAGUUUCAAUGCUACAUCUUAUCGCAGCCCAGAGAACUGUGACUCCAGCCUGAACAGGACCUACGCCAUCUCCACCUCUCUCAUAAGCUUUUACAUCCCCGUGGCCAUCAUGGUGGCCACCUACACGCAGAUAUACCGCAUUGCCCACCGACAAAUCAGACGGAUCUCGGCCCUGGAGCGAGCGGCCGAAAGUGCCAAGAACCGCCACGACAGCAUGGGCGGGAGCUCCAGCAUCGCAGAGUCCGAGAGCUCUUUCAAAAUGACGUUCAAGAGGGAGACCAAGGUGCUGAAGACGCUGUCCGUGAUCAUGGGGGUGUUUGUGUGCUGCUGGCUCCCAUUCUUCGUCCUAAACUGCAUGGUGCCCUUCUGCGAGCGCUCGAGCGGAGGGGCGGCCUUCCCCUGCGUCAGCCCCACCACGUUUGACGUGUUUGUGUGGUUCGGCUGGGCUAAUUCCUCCCUCAACCCCAUCAUCUAUGCCUUCAACGCAGAUUUCCGCAAGGCCUUCUCCAUCCUGCUGGGCUGCCACAAACUGUAUCCGGGAGGCCACAACAUCGAGGUAGUCAGUCUAAACAAGAAGUGACUAAUGACUCAUCCUCAAUGCCGAAGUCCCAGCGUUCCUGCAGAGGCCAGUGGGACCGACUUCAAGCGGGAACGCUGCCCUCCGUGCGGACGAAUGGAUACGGUGACCCCCCCCUCCCCCCAACGUGUAUCCCCACCCACCCCCACGAGUGGCCGUGCCGCGCGGGGAGCAUCGGAGCGUGCUGGCCACGCACGCCGCGGCCGCAGCACUGCCUUCAUGCAGAAGACGCUCCCGAAAGAGGAGAAGGGAUUUAGGGAUUGAGAUUAAGACGGUGCGCCGCGGUGCCAGGGAGCGCGGCGGUGCUGACACGCCCCUGGGACAGAUAAUCCCAUGAAUGGGCAGCACGCACCCUAAUGCUGUCAGACAGCGCUCUCUUCAAUACCAUCACACACACGGAGACCAACACAAACACUGUCAAAACACGCUCCUCCAAAUUCUGUGUAAAUGCAGCACCCAGCGUGCACUCUGCAGAAACCUACAUGACAGCACAAAGAAAUGACGUCACGCGUUAUGUUUACAUCUCCAGCAGCCUCUUUCGUAGAUGAGCAUAGGUAAAGUACUCCCACACGUGACUUCACGUUAAAGAAAGAAUGACGGCCGAUUUGAUCUUACAUCUGGUUCGUGUUGUGAUUUUAAAGAAACGUUCUGAAAGGUUGACACUGAGGAGGACAAACUGAACUGAAUUUCUUUUGGAAGUGAAUGUACACAGAGGUGAAAGAUGCAGCUUGUUGAACAGCAGGUCAUUGCUGAAAGUGGUUUAUAAUUGAUAUCUCAUCCCAAUGUCAAACCAUUAUAACUUUAAACCAAAUGGGCGCGACAGAAACCUCAUAAGUUAUGCGUUUCACUGCUUGACAGUGUGUCUCACAUUACAAGUUUUGCUUGACUCAUGGUGUCUUUGACUUUUGUGCUCAUUUUAGGAACUGAUGAAGAAUUGUCAUUGACUGAACUAUGAUGAAUCCGUUUGAAUUAGUUUGUUGAGUUAAAUUAUUAAAGGAUAACCUCUGUUUUUAAAAAACACAUUUUUGUGGUUUAGUCUGUCGUUCCUAUGUCAGCUGUGAUAACACUGUACUCCCUAAAGUAGAACCGACUUCUGGGAGCACUGAUAUCCUCAUGAAACAGGAGCAGCCAGACGGUCAGAGCAGUUAGAAGUCCGCCCACGUAGGCCAGAUUGUUGAAGACACACGACAAAACCAAGACAUCUAAAGUCAGCAUACGUAAAAUGUUUUGUCAGUGUAUCAGGUGUUGUCAGGAAACAACAGCAAAACGUAUUUCGGCCACCUAAAAGAAAGCUCCACCCUAAGAAAUGGUUCCCAAGCUGGAAAUCAUGACCCACAGAGCGGGGGUGCGGUGGGCCGGCAGUGGGGUUUACGGCUUCACCCUAAGAAUAAAAUUA